AUGAGGGUCACACGUACGAGUGCAGCGUUGCUGCUCAAUGGCGCCAUUGUUGUCGCCCAGUCGACAAACGGCACGGGCGUCACAUGUCCUUCCAGUUCAAAAUUCACGCCCAUGUCUGCUGGUACCUUCUUUGCGAAGCUGAACCCAGGCUGGAACGUUGGCAACACGCUCGAUGCCGUGCAAACCGAGGGCGACUGGAACAACCCUCCUGUCGUUGGCAGUACCUUUGACGACGCCAAAAGAGCCGGCUUCAAGAGCGUCCGUAUUCCCGUGACCUGGGCGUACCACUUCACUUCCCAGGCCCCCGACUGGACAGUCGACCCAGUGUGGCUGCAGCGCGUCUCCGAUGUCGUUGACAUGGUGACGAGCCGUGGCAUGUACGCCAUUGUAAACGUGCACCACGACUCGUGGACAUGGGCCGAUCUCACGCAGCCCAGCACCAACGUGACGGUUCUCGAGGACCGGCUAGGCAAGCUGUGGAAACAGAUUGGCACCAAGCUGGCUUGCAAAAGCGAAAUGGUUGCUUUUGAGCCCAUCAACGAGAUUCCCGGCACCACGCCGGAACACGGAGCGAUCGUCAACCGUCUCAAUGACGUCUUUCUCCAGGCAAUCAAUGAUGCGGGCGGCUACAAUGCAAACAGAGUGGUUACGCUGGUCGGGGCGGGCGAGGAUGGAAUCAAGACUUCGCAGUGGUUCAAGAAGCCAGACCCCAAGUUCAAGAACCCAUGGGGCAUCCAGUACCAUUACUACUCGCCUUACGACUACGUCUUCCAGGCCUGGGGCAAGACAACGUGGGGCUCCGCCGCCGACAAAGCCGCGCUGGAAGCCGACCUCGCCAACGUGCGAGGCAACUUCACUGACAUCCCACUCGUCAUUGGCGAAUGGGCUGUUUCGCCCGUCGCCACCGAGACAGCAGCACGCUGGCGCUACUUUGACUUUUUCCUGCGCACCGCCGCAAAAUACAACACGUCGACUAUUCUGUGGGACAACGGCGCAGACUUCCUGAACCGCGCGACCCACGUGUGGCGCGACGAGGUGGCCCUGGACAUUUACCGCAACGUCCUCAAGAACAUCCCCAAUGCUCUCCCGGAAAGCACCACCGACGGCGCUGUCACCUCCCAGCAGAGCUCGGCGUACAUUUAUCACCGCCGCAACCAGACCGUGACCGACGCCACGCUCGGAUUCACAUUCAAUGGUAACGCGCUGAGCAAGAUUAGCAACGGCAGCAAGCAGCUGGCCAAGGGCAAAGACUACACGGUUUCGGGGGAGAAAGUCACCUUCAAGGCUUCGUACCUCAGUUCCAUUCUCACGCCCUCCUCGCCCUUUGGCAGCCUCGCUAACCUCACUCUGACAUUUUCCCGCGGCGCCGCCCUCCAGGUCAACGUGCUGCAGUACGCUACGCCCAGUACUCCGAGCGCGUCUGGGCCCUUGCCUGCCGCCGGCCAGGAUCUGCUGAUCCCCGUUUCGUGGGCGGGCCAGAACAGGCCUGCGGCUGUCAAGGCGCAAAAGGCAGAUGGCGGGUACCUGGUUGAUGACUGGACGCAGUAUCUGGGGCCGCUGCAGCAGGGCCGCAUGACGUACGGCAACCAGUGGGACUGGGAUGCCGGUCAUGUGGUUAUCAAGGCGGCGGCGCUGGAUGCCGUGAGGGCUGCGGCAAAGGAUACUACGUUUACGCUUGAGUUUUACCCCAGGGAGCCUGGCAACAAUGUUACGUAUACGGUCAAGGUGUGA